AUGAGUGAUGACGGUGCCUCAAAGAGAGACGAGGGAGAAGUAAAAAUCCAAGCUCCAAUGAAAGCAUAUGAGCCUCGUAUUCCAUUCCCUCAUAAAAGGAUAGAGAAGAAGCUAAAUGAGAAACUUUCCAAGCUUGAGGAGAGUGAUUCUAUCUCCAUUCCAACGGAGAUAAGUGCUAUUCCUCAAAAUGAGCUUCCCGAGAAGUUUGGUGACCCCAGUAGUUUUGCUAUACCGGUGAAGGUUGGGGAUCUUGAAUCAACAAAUGCUUUGUGUGAUCUUAGGGCUAGUGUAAGCCUUAUGGCUAGUGUAAGCCUUAUGCCUCUCUCUAUGUUAAAAAGAUUGAAUUUUAGGGAGAUAAGCCCCACCAAAAUGUCAAUCCAACUAGCCGACCGCUCGGUUAGAGUCCCAUUGGGAGUCUUAAAGGACAUCCCAAUUCAAGUGGGGAAAGUUCUUGUGCCAUGUGAUUUUGUAAUCAUGGAGAUGGAUGUGGAUUUCAAAAUUCCUCUCAUAUUGGGUAGGCCCUUUUUGAAAACCGUGGGUGUUAAUAUUUACAUGAAACAAGAGCGGCUUACCUUAUAUGUUGGGGAUGAAAGAAUCUCUUUCUCAUUUCCGGAAACGUUGAAUGACCCUAUGGUUAAACAAGUUCAUCGGGUUGAUGUUUUGGUUAAUAUUUUAAAAGAAGGCAUAAAAAAGUCAUAA